AUGAGGGCAUUUGCAGUAAUCCUUGCACUGGCGGUCUUCUCAGGCUGCCAUGGAAGACAGCUGCCACUGGGCGAGGAGGGGAGCUCCUGGGAAACGGGCCUCAGCAGGUUCAGGGACUAUUUCACAGACCUGAGCUCCCGGGUCGACAACCUGGUGAAAGACAUCAGGAGCUCCCAGAUCAGCAGAGAGCUGGACACCUUGAUCCAAGACACCACGGCUGAGCUGACCAUGUACAAGGACGACCUGCAGACCAAGCUGGGCCCCUACGCUCAGGACACCGCGCAGCUUCUGGGUCAGGACCUGCAGGUGCUGAUUGACAAACUUGGCGGUCACAUGGAAGAGGCCAAGGACCGCAUCACACAGUACACCCAGGAGCUGCAGACCAUGAUGGAGCAGAACGUGGAUGACGUCAGGAUCAGGGUCAGCGCCUACAGCCGCAAGCUCAUGAAACGUCUCACCAAGGACAAACAGGAGAUCAACAAGAAAAUCACGAUCUUUCUGGAGGAGCUUCAGACCCGCGCCUCUGAAAACGUGGAGUCGGUGAAGAUGCGCAUUGAGCCCUACUUUGCCCAGGUGCGUGAAAACGCCGGCGCCAAGAUCAACACCUUCAACGAUCUGCUGAGGAACCAGGCCGAGGAGAUGAAGGGCAGGAUCCAGAGCACGGCAGAGGACAUCUGGGAACGCUUGGACGACACCACCGACGACCUACGCACGACCCUGGAGGAGAAGAUGGCUGAAGUUCGCAGGUGGUUUGAGCCUUUCACCUCCAUGAUCAGUGAGAAGUUGAACCUGUAA